AUGAAAAAAUUUCUUAAUCCAGGUUCUAGCAACGUAUCUGAAAAAACCUUGGAGAGUGAACGUAGUUCGAUGAACGAUACGACAAGUCUUAAAAAACACGGAAAUGAAUCAGAUGAAAACACUAAUCGAGAAAGCUUUGACCAAGUCGCAGAAGAUCAUUCAGGCAGUGAAUCCGAUGAUGACCAAGAUACGAUGAGCGAUGAGAAUUCGACAACCGGGACUGAUCACGCAGAACACGAAUUAUACAGAAAAGAACAAACCGAAAACGGCGAAACGAAUAUCAUAGAUCACGCGAAAAAUGACGACGAUGACAAAGAAUUAAACUACGAAGAGAACAUUAAUGAAAAUGGUGAUCAUGAUCUCCGAGAAAGUUUACCCAUUGAAAAUAAGGAUUCUGAUUUAGACAAGGACCAGAGGGACGACAAUGACCGUGAUCUUAAAAGCUCAACUACUAAUUCUGGUAAAACCGGAGAGUUAUAUAAAAGUCCAAUUACUCAAAAUUCUAUUGCGACAAGCGAGGAUCAGCGUACACAUUUAUCAGAACCAGAUGAUAAAUAUGUGAAUGUUGAAAAACAAGAGGAACCAGAUGAUAAAUAUGUGAAUGUUGAAAAACGAGAGGAACCAGAUGAUAAAUAUGUGAAUGUUGAAAAACAAGAGAACUCAAUCCCAAAGUCUUGGGAUGAGGAAUCUCAAAAAGAUGAUGCGGGGGAUGAAUGGAAAUCACCGAAUUCAGAUCCACCCGCAUGGAAAUAUCCAGAUGAUUUAAAGAACAUCAAGAAAAAUUCUAAGGGUGAUCAAGUUAAACCUCAGACCAGUUCGAGUUUGUCCGCUAACCGCAACCAACAUUUGACUCCUGUUCGUCGCGGAUUAUCACCAGAACAAUUCGAAAACGGCGUGUACAUAGGCAAUCUUGACCAACUUCCACCAAUGGGUAUUGCAUUUUAUAUGUUUGGGUUAUAUGUAGAGAGUGCGUUCGUUCAAAUAGCCGACAAGAUUCGAGUUAUUGAUAGAAUAUCUGGAGUCCCCAUCAGCAACUGGUUCCUUUGGCUUUUUUCGUUGAAGAGCUGGAUGAAUAUUGACGAUGACGAUAGGAGGAUGUUAGAAUAG